AAAAAUUUUCUCCCAACCAUUUAUAAUCCAGUUCGUCGAUCAGUCUGUUUCUGAUUAUGUCUAUAUAACUUUGAAUCACUUAAAGAAGUGCUCUUAUCAAUCUUUCUUAUUUCCCGUUUUAGUUAAUAAAGAAAAGAAAAAUCCGACAACAGGUUUCAUUGUAGACGACAAUGGAUUCAAUUCAAGAAAUGGAUAAUAGCUCCAUUUCCCAAGACGGUGUAGCUUCACAUGCACCAUCAUCGUCGUCUUCAACCGCGAGUCGCUACGAGAACCAAAAGCGCCGUGACUGGAACACAUUCAUGCAGUAUCUAAAGAACCACAGGCCCCCACUGGCACUCUCUUGGUGCAGUGGAGCUCAUGUCUUGGAGUUCCUUAGAUACCUCGACCGGUUCGGCAAAACCAAAGUCCACACUCCGAUAUGUCCUUUCUAUGGCUACCCGAACCCACCGGCUCCUUGUCCAUGCCCGUUCCGUCAAGCCUGGGGUAGCCUCGAUGCUCUCAUCGGCCGACUCCGAGCUGCUUUUGAAGAAAAUGGAGGAAAACCUGAGGCGAACCCGUUUGGGACACGAGCUGUGAGGCUUUAUCUUCUUGAGGUACGUGAUUUACAGUCAAAAGCAAGAGGGAUUAGCUACGAGAAGAAGAAACGUAAACGACCAUCAUCAGCUUCAACAAACCCCAUCUCUGCCAUUGCCGCCGCCGCGGCCGCCACCACCAGGUGCAUGUUGAAACAUGCAUUAGCUAAACCCUAUAUGAAUAGCUACAACAAUGAGUAAAUUGAGAUCGAGUCGGAUCGGAUCAAAUCCUAAUCGGAUCUUGACUCGGGUUAUAUAUUACUUGGUUAAUCUGCUUUUGAUGCAAACAGUGUUAGUAUCCGUCAUUGACUUGCAAAUAGUUUGAAGACUGAAAUAGUACUUAAAAAAGGCUUUUUUU